AUGGUGACUUUCAUUGAUUGGAUAUUUGACAUUGCUCUGUUUGAUACAUCAUUGGCUUUGCUGGAUGUAUCGGACAGUUCAUUUUCUUCGAUGGUGGGGAACAAUGUCGUUGAUAGCUCAGCUCGAACUCUUAAUAGUCUUAGUCAUGGCUCAUCUUCUUUGUAUUAUUUGAUCUGGCAAAAGAUUGUCGUUAAAGCACAAAUGCGCUGCGGAAAAUGCAGGAAAAAGGCCUUGAAGAUGGCCGCCAGUGCAGAUGGAGUGAUAUCAGUUGCAAUACAAGGCAACGAAAAAGAUGAGAUAAUGAUUGUAGGGAAUAGUGUUGAUUCAGCUGGUUUAUGCACUGCGUUAAGGAAGAAACUUGGUAUUGCUAAUUUGAUUAGUGUAGAAGAGAUUAAGGAUCCAAAACCAGAAGAGAAAAAUCAAGAAAAAUCAGAAGAGAAAAAGCCUGAAAAGGAAGAAAACAAAGAAGAAGGAGAUAAAAAGAAAGAAACAAAAGAUGAUGCAAACCAGUCAGAAUCAAAAGCAUCAACAUCAGAAGCAUCAUCAAUAUAUCAUCAUUAUCAUCCUAAUUAUUGUUGUUCUAAUUAUCCUCCACCUCAAUGUCACUUGUAUGCAACUUAUUAUGAUGAUCCAAACCCUAAUUGCAUCAUCAUGUGAUUUCUUCAUCUUGUUAUUCUGAUCUCACACGAAUUUUGUUUUUUUUUUUUUUACUCUUUGUUGAAACUUGAAAGUAAUUCGGCAACA